AAUGCCCUGCGCUGUGGGCGCUGUCGAGCUUGUAUUGCUGUUGCUGCUUCUCUGCUGCUGCUGCUGCUGAUCAAUGUGAACCGCACAUUUCAGCACUUCCGCUUCUCCAGCCACCGACCUCCAUUUUUUUGCACUUUAUUUUUUUUUUAAAAAGAAGCAACAUUUUUUACACUGUGUCGUUUAGUUUCCAGUUAAAAGAAAGUGAAAGGGAGCGGCUCGCUGGCGGGUGGUGUGUGAGCGGCGGACGAAGCCUCUCAUCAGUUUGACUGGGAGAUGUGACUGUCCUCUACUGCCGGGCAGCUUGCGAAUCCUCAACAACUCGGGCUGAGUCAGGAACUCGAUUGAGCGACAUGGAUUUGGCUCGACUACGGGAGUGACUGAAUCACUUAAGACUCAGGAAUUGCCAGUACAAGCGUGAAGUGUUUCAGUAGAACAUCAAAUGGACAGUGAUGGAACCAGGGAAUUCUAUAACUCAUGUUUACUUCUGAUGCAAUAAGGUCUGAUAUCAGAUGGUGAACGAUGUUGACGCUACUGAGACAUUCUGUUGUACGCUGUAGCUUGAGGUGACUGAAUGAAAACAGCUGAAGCUGCCGGCAAUCUUCCACCUGAACAGCAAGCUUAUCCCCAUCAACUGAUGGUGAGGAACUCCACUGCAUGUCCCUGAACCAAACUGCAGGACUACCCAACACAACUUUUGCCCACUACAGCUACCACCAGCAGCAACGGGGAAAUUGCAGCUGAAAAUUGGCCAUAAUGCCUCCAGGAAUACAUUACCAUCAGGACUUCUGGACUGAGGAUGAGAAUCCAGAUGUGGAGGUUGAAUUCCUGUUACCCACGGGGAUUUACUUGAACUUCUUUGUGCCACGCAGUUCUACAAUCAAAUACAUCAAGAAGUUGCUUUGGCAGCAAGCCCAACAUCAACCCCUUUUCCACACUUUAAAUGAACCAGAUGCCUAUGUCUUCACCUGCAUCAACCACACAGCUGAACAGGAGGAGUUGGAAGAUGAACACAGGCGUCUCUGUGAUGUGCGGCCGUUCCUUCCUAUCUUGAAACUUGUCGCAAGAGAAGGAGACCGAGCAGAAAAGCUCAUUAAUUCGCAGAUAAGCCUUCUGAUUGGAAAAGGCCUUCACGAGUUUGACAGUGUGCAUGAUUCUGAGGUGAAUGAGUUCCGUGCGAGUAUGCGCCAGUUUUGUGAGGAGAAAGCCGAAGAGAGGCAACACCUGUCAUGGUCACAAUGGAUGGAAUACAGCUUUCCCAGGGAUCUGGAGCCAAUUCCAGAAGUAUCAGAUAACAGCAUUACCAGGAAGCAGAGCAACCGAAAUAUUGUCAUAAAUGUGAAAUUCCAGUACACUGAAGAAAGUUUCAGCUUCCAAAUUUCCUCCCAAGCACCUCCUGCACUUCUAAUGAAAUUGGCAGUGAAGAAAAAAGCUACUGUUUUCCGACAUAAGAUAGUUGAAGACCCAGAAGAUUACACCCUUCAAGUGAAUGGGACAGAAGAAUAUAUCUAUGGAAACUACCCACUUGGUCGGUUUAAGUAUAUCGGUAAUUGUAUGUCCGGUAACCUAACUCCACAUUUGACAAUGGUCCAUAAUUCCACAAUCAAGACCUGCCAAGAGGAGCAGUCCAAUAGCAUGGGCCAAAUUACAAAGAGCCGUUCUCACUCCAAACCACCACCACUUCCAAUUAAAAAGCAAGCCGGCACCAGCCUCUGGAACUUGGAAAAGCCAUUCACAAUCAGUUUAAUUUCGGGAAGCAAAGUAAACGCGGAUGAAGGAAUGAAGCUCGUCGUUCAAGCCGGCUUGUUCCACGGGAGUGAGAUGCUGUGCAAGACAGUCUCCAGCCACGAGGUUAACGUGUGUUCCGAGCCCCUGUGGAACCAGAACUUGGAGUUUGACAUCAACUUCUGUGACCUCCCACGUAUGACCCGGCUCUGUUUUGCUUUGUACGCCGUGAUUGAAAAGGCUAAAAAGGCUCGGUCCACCAAGAAGAAAUCGAAGAAAGCGGACUGUCCAAUUGCUUGGGUAAACACCAUGGUAUUUGAUUACAAGGACCAGCUGAAGACUGGUGAUACGUGGUUGUAUACAUGGCCAUCAGUGCCCGAUGAAAAGGGAGAACUGCUAAACCCAAUGGGGACUGUGCAGAGUAACCCAAACACUGACAGCACUGCAGCCUUACAUAUCCAUUUCCACAGUGUUGUAUCCCAGCCCAUCUACUACCCUUCCUUUGAAAAGAUUCUCGAGUUGGGGAAGAAUGGAGACCGUGUGAAAGCAUUGCAGGCUGAGCAACAGCAAUUGAAGGAGAUUAUGGAACGCAAAGCGUGCACAGAAUUCUUUGAGGAUGAGAAGGACCUCGUAUGGAAGCUCCGAUAUGAAGUUCGUGACCAUUUCCCCGAUGCCCUUGCUAAGCUGCUGUCUAUAACAAAGUGGAAUAAGCAUGAAGAUGUUGCUCAGAUGAUAUACCUUCUGCAGUCAUGGAAAGAACUACCUGCACUAAACGCACUGGAGCUUCUGGACUAUAGUUUCCCCAGUUGCUACGUCCGCUCUUUGGCAAUAAACUGUUUAAAAAAGCUGAGUGAGGAAGAGCUCGCCCAGUAUCUACUCCAGCUGGUGCAAGUGCUGAAAUAUGAACCCUACUUGGAUUCUGAACUAACCAAGUUCCUGUUGGACAGAGCUUUAAGCAACAAAAAAAUAGGACACUUCCUGUUCUGGCACCUCAGGUCAGAAAUGCAUUUCCCAGCAGUAUCACUGCGGUUUGGACUAAUUCUGGAGGCGUAUUGUCGAGGGACUAACUACCACAUGAAAUCUUUGUUGAAACAGUGUGAAGCACUGAAGAAAAUGAAGGCCCUAAAUGACUUUGUGAAGUCCAGCUCCCAGAAGACAACCAAACCGAAAACAAAAGAAGCUAUGCACCUGUUUAUGAGACAAGAUACGUACAUGGAAGCUCUUUCUAACUUCUACUCUCCCCUAAAUCCAUGUAUUCUCCUCACAGAACUCUGGGUGGAGAAAUGCAAGUUUAUGGAUUCCAAAAUGAAACCACUGUGGGUUGUUCACAGAAAUCAGAGAUAUGAUGGGAAUCCCAUGAGCAUCAUGUUCAAGAAUGGGGAUGAUCUACGGCAGGACAUGUUGACAAUCCAGAUGAUUCAGCUGAUGGAUGUUCUGUGGAAAAAACAGGGUCUGGACUAUAGGAUGAUUCCUUAUGCCUGUCUUUCCACUGGAGACAAGACGGGAGUGAUUGAGGUGGUCUCACACGCGGAAACAAUUGCAAAUAUCCAGCUCAAUAAAAGCAAUAUGGCAGCUACCGCAGCUUUUAACAAGGAUGCUCUGCUAAACUGGUUAAAAUCAAAGAACCCCGGGGAUGCACUGGAUCGAGCCAUUGAGGAGUUCACCCUCUCGUGUGCUGGCUACUGUGUAGCUACCUAUGUGCUCGGAAUUGGGGAUCGGCACAGUGACAAUAUUAUGAUCAGGGAAAAUGGACAGCUCUUCCACAUUGAUUUCGGACACUUCCUUGGAAACUUUAAGAGCAAGUUUGGGAUCAACAGAGAGCGGGUGCCAUUCAUUUUAACGCACGACUUUGUUCACGUGAUACAGCAAGGAAAGACCAACAACAGCGAGAAGUUUGAAAGGUUCCGGAAAUAUUGUGAACAAGCCUACAUGAUUCUCCGAAAGCACUGUCCUCUCUUCAUUAACCUCUUUGCACUGAUGCAAGCUGCUGGACUCCCAGAGCUCAGCUGCUCCAAAGAUAUCCAGUAUCUCAAGGAUUCACUAGCUUUAGGAAAAACAGAAGAUGAGGCGCUUAAACACUUCAAGAUGAAAUUUGACGAAGCACUGCGAGAAAGCUGGAAGACUAAAGUGAAUUGGAUGGCUCACAAUGUAGCCAAAGACAAUAGGUCAUAGCUGAACUCUUUCUCUAAAGCCUUUAAUUGAAAGAACAGAAAUAUAAGGCUGCCAAGUGACUGAUAACCUGUUGGCAAACCACAUCUACAAUGAAGUCAAUAAGUGAUUGCCAAGCCAAUGCCAAUGUGCAAGUUUAUGAAGAAUACCAAGCUUUCUCAACAUUUUAUGAACUUUGAAAGAUGUUUACAUGUGCAAUGUAGUUACUUGCACUGUCUGCAACCACUUCCCUUCAACUCCAGAGACUUAGGUACAGACUGGCACUGAAUAUGCAUUUUAAUUGACCAGGUACAGGGGCCUCCUGCCCUCUCUCUGCUGGCCUGUUGCACUCUUAAACAUGUCCUGUCAUUGUGUCAGACUUUGCCUUUUAGUUUAGCUGUCUAGUAGGCUCAUUAAGACUGACAACAGGUCUGUAGCCACUAACUUGAAUAGGGAAAAGUGCAAGUAAAGGUCACAUCGCUAACUAUUCAA